AUGCCCCCCUUUUUCUCUCCCCCCUGGCUAAAAGGAAAGAUGAAAAUUCCCCUGGGCUGUGUGCGCCCAUUCAACACGUACAACAUCCCGUCCAUUAUCAACAACACUAAGGUGCACAGAACGUAUAGAGAAAACCGCAAACGAAAUGAAGACGACUUGAUGAAAAUUUAUAACAAAGAAUUGGUGGCAUUCCCGUAUGAUGAGGAAAGAUUUAAUAAGCUGCUAAAUAUUCAUGGGACAGCGAGAAAAAAAAAUGUGGCCGAUUUUUUCUUCAAUCCACAGAUGUAUAUCAAUGUGAAGAAUGACAGGGUAAUGAAUGUCACCCCUUCCCAUUUCGCCAUUGGAAAUGUGGAUAAGUGUUUCCUGUUCGAGAAGGAGUAUUUGGACAGUUUUUUCCCUGAGGGGUUAGCGGGGGAGUUACCCAAGGAUAUCUUGAUGCACGAUGGGGGGGGCACCCAUCGGGAAAGCGGUACACAAGCCAAAGGAAAGGAGGCCUUCCCCGAUGGUGAUCACCAAAAUGAUAACCUCGACUUGUUUCUGCGAGAACUAGAAAAGAAUCAUAUGGUGCCAGAUGAACGCAUGAUAAAGAAUGCGCAAAAUUUGAAGGGAGUAGGGCUGUUGUUCAGAAAAUUGGCGUACGAAAUUGUAGACGAGUUGAAACAUUUUGGAGAGAAUUACAAAUUGUGCAAACGGAGAGAUUCCUACAAGUUGGAUAGCUAUUUUGCCAAAAAAGGUGAAUGUGCUAGCUACUAUGAUGGUGGUGAUCCGAAUGGAGACUCAACUGAGGAAUCAUACAACUUCGGGAGCAAUGAUGCAAGCAACUUCGGGAGCAACGAUGCAGGCAACUUCGGGAGCAACUACAACGGGAGGUCCUACAAAAGUAGAAGCUUCCUAAUAGACGGAAAAAGGGGAACAGGAAAGAGCUGCAUCCUAAACACCAUAGUUCUGUGGGCAAAGUUAAACCAAUGGUUUGUUAUAUUCGUCCCCGAUAUAAAAAAAUAUAAAUUUGACAUUAACACGAUUGUCCGAAGUAAUACGAACUUGUACAUUCAGCCAGAACUUAGCAGACAAUUUCUGGAAGACAUAGUAAAAACAAAUGAAUCCUUUUUAAAAAAGUUAAAAGUUGAUAAAAAAAUUCUCGAAAAUACCUGCCUAGAUGGAACACAUUUAUUGUACAAUAAAAAAAUUUAUGAUGAAAUAAUCAGAAAAACCAUCGAUGCAGAAAUAGUAAAUGAUGAAGAAAAUUAUAAGGCCUUAAAUGAAAGGGAAAAGAAUUUGUACAUGCAAAAAUUGUACAAAUUUUAUUAUGAUAAUGUAAAAAUACCAAAUUUAUUGGAUAAAUUUUCAGUACCUCCUAAUUUGUUAGAAUUAGCACAUAUUGGUAUAAAUAAUGUGUCAUAUGCUAACCUGUGCAUUUAUGCAUUGUUUGAACAUUUGAAAAGGCAAACUGAAUUCCCCAUUCUGAUUGCUGUAGAUCAGUUCAACUUCAACCUCAGUGUUUCAGAAUAUCUUUCCAUCAAUUUUGAAAAUACAAAAUAUAAUGGGUACAUUCCUACGUACUAUUUCACUAUUCCUAAAUUGCUACUAAAGUGGGACGCAAAUAAAUAUAAAAGGUGCGUUAAAAUUGUUUCCACCUGUUGGGACAGAGAAAAUAGAAGAAAUUUCAGGCCAGAAUUAUUGGGAAUACACAAAAGGGAUGUUAAAACAGCUCGUAAUUUCACCCUCCGCGAGUUUAAGAAUUUUGUUUCCCAUUUGUACAACCAGAAUGUCAUAUACAAUUUCGAUGUAAAUAAGUUGGAAUACUUCUACAUGCUCACUGGAGGAAAUGGUUUUCAGGCAAGAAAGCUCUUAACCACAUUGUACUGA